AUGGGACAUCUCUGCUCCCCACUGGCCAUAGCGCUGCUGGCAACGAGCCUGGCUCAGGGCUGCGGCAAGCCGUUGGUCUCACUCUCAGGGCGCAUCUUGAAUGGUCAAGAUGCCAAGGCCGGGGCCUGGCCCUGGCAGGUCAGCGUGCAGAGAUACGGCUCCCACAUCUGCGGCGGUUCGCUCAUCUCCGAGAGCUGGGUGGUGUCAGCAGCUCAUUGCUUCGAUCCAUCUGUAGCCAAUUCAUCGUAUCGGGUGCAGCUGGGUGAAAACAGGAUUGUCAGUGAGGCCCCAACCCAGAUGUCCUCAUCGGUGAAGCGGGUCAUCCCCCAUCCCAAUUACAACAGUAGCACUUUCCUUGCCGACAUCGCCCUGGUGGAGCUGGAGAAGCCAAUUGCCUUCACGGCCUCCAUCAGCCCCGUGUGCCUGCUCGACGCCUCCGUCCGUGUGCCUGCUGGGGACGCCUGCUGGGUGACGGGCUGGGGGAAUAUUCGCCCCCAAGCGAGUUCUUCCCUAGCGGAGACGCUGCAGGAGCUGGAGGUGCCCACCGUAGACACCAUGAUCUGCAAUGAUCUCUUCCGGGAAGCAUUACAAAAGCCUGCGGGUGACAACCCCAUCAAAGAGGACAUGAUGUGUGCCGGGCACAUGGAGGGCUAUAAGGGGACGGCCCCGGGUGACUCCGGGGGACCCCUGGUGUGUGAGGAGGACGGGACCUGGUACCUUGCUGGGAUUGUGAGCUGGUUACUGAAAACAACAGUGAACAGUGUUGCUGCUGGUUACCCCGGGGUCUACGACCGCCCGAAUGCCCACAACGAUUGGAUCCAGGAGAAUGUGCCCGGUGUGAGUUUCAUGGUGGUGAACUUCACUCUGAACAGUGCCAGUCCCUCUACCACCAUCACUACGAACAGUGCCGGUCCCUCUGCCAGCAUCCCCGAGGUCCUUCUCCUCACUGUGCUUCUGUGGCUGACCCUGUGA